AUGUCUGGAAGAGGCGAGGAAGAAGUUGCCGCUGCUGCGGAGCGCCCCGCGAAUGCCGUGCCGCGGAGAGGGCGCCGGUCGAGGCUGGGGCCCGGUGGCGACACGCAGCGGCCAGCAGCGCAGCGCCGAAGGGUCGAGGAAACACCGCAACGGCAACGGUGGCCCCUCACCAGCACGGUAGAAGACGUAAUGACGGAGGGACUCUACGACUCUGUGCUAAACGCGCAAUGCAGUCACGUCUUGGAGUUUCACGAGGGCGAAGGAAGCAACAGACGGGUGCGAAUGGAGGUGAAAGCGGGCCAACCACCAGCACAUUUGUCUUUGCGUGUGCCAGUCUCUCUGCUGGGUGGUUCCUUUUGCUCGGUGCACCGUGAAAGGGCGUGGCUUCGGCAGUUGUGCCGGAAGACCGUUCGAUGA